AUGCUUUUGCGCAAAAUUAUGUCGUUUGCUAAAGGGCUCGAAGAUUCUGAAAAUCCUUUAUUGGGUCCAAAUUUAAGGGGACUUUAUUGGUGUGGCGGUUGGCGAGAUGCUAAUAAAUUUCGUAAUGCGCUUUCUAAUAUUGCUGUAUUUUGUGCAGUAACAUUUAUUACGAGCGAAAUUAUCGAGGUAUAUUGUUUACGAAGCGACAUAAACAAAAUGCUUUACAGUAUAUCAGUAUCUAUUUUAAGUGUAAUAUCUGCGUCAAAGAAUAUACAUUUCAUGUUAAAUCAGAAGAAAUUAAAAAUGUUAAUUACUCUAAUAUCUACAUAUGAGAUUUCAGAUUCGAACAAAGUAGAGGAUGAUACUAUUAAAGAGAUGAAAAAAUAUACAAAAUAUGCUAGAAUAGUAACAUAUACGUAUUGGAUACUGGUUUUUGCGACUAAUAUCGGAAUGAUAGUAACUCCUCUCAUUAAAUACGCAUCUGCUGUUUAUAAUGUUGAUGUUGACAGUUCGGAAAUGUAUCCUGAAAUAAUCAGCUCAUGGUUUCCAUUUGAUAAGACUAAAAAACCUGGUUACAUUAUAGCAAGUGUUAUACAUAUUCUAAUGUCCACUUAUGGCGCUCUUGCAAUAGGCGCUUGUGACAUGUUUGCUAUUACUGUUCUAACAUUUAUUAAAGGUCAGUUAAUAAUAUUAAACAAAAAGUGUAUUAAAAUAUUUGCAAGCAAUUACUCCGAAAGUAACAUUUUGGAGGCUAUCAGAGAUUGUCAUCGACGACAUAAUAUUUUAUUAAAAAUCUAUCAAUUAUAUGACUCUUUGUUGUCACCGGUGAUGUACAUAUACGUAUUGAUUUGUUCAGUGAUGAUAUGCUGCAAUGUAGUUCAGUUCACAUCGAACGAUAUAUCAGCAGCCCAAAAGCUCUGGAUCUUACAAUAUACAUUUUAUCUCAUUUCACAAUUGUUUUUGUUCUGCUGGCAUAGUAAUGAAGUAUUAAUCGAAAGUAUAAAAGUAGAUGGAGGAGUAUACACAAGUGAGUGGUGGAAAGGUGAUGUACAGACACGCAAACAGAUUCUACUACUCUCUGCAAAACUAAACACGAAAUUUAUAAUGCAUGCUGGGCCAUUCACAGUUUUGUCUGUACCAACUUUCAUAGAUAUUUUGAAGGCUUCAUACAGUUUCUACACGUUAUUCUCACAAAUGCAAGAUGUAAAAUAAAUUAGUGGCUAUUCACCAA